ACCCCUACACCCCUCGGCAGAAGCACUGGGUUCCCCCCCUCCCCCCCAGGAUUUUUGGUUAAUAUAUUUUCUGUUAAUAGACUCAGACCUCUUAGGUGCAUUUCGGGUUGGUAAUGACAAACUAGCCAAUAAGGGGGCAAUUUCUCGAAAUGACAGUUUAGAAUGAAUGUCAUCCUAAUAGCGUUACACGAAAAAAAAACCCGUCGCUGAGGAAUCGCGCUAUCUAGCAAGCUAGCGUAGCUAGGCAACUGUGUUGUUGAAUCUGGCUGGAUAGUCCGCUAUCUAGCUAGGUUCUCACUCUUAUUACGAGCACUCAUCGGUGUUAAAUGCAGCUAGAAACCAUUGACCAGUAGAGAAAUCUGACCAGCCUGCUGGUCUGCGUUUAUUGUCAAACGCCAUUACAAUUUCUUGCUAGCUAGCCGACUAGCCAGCAGUAGCUAACGGAAUAACCAAACAGAGCAGAUUUGAAUUGAUUCACCGUCGUCGUAUUACGGUAAGAUCUAUUAAUUUGCGUAAGCGUACAAGGCCGUCUCCGUUUAAAUGAGAGAGCCAGCUACAUAUUAAGUUAAUUAAGAUAGCUAGCGCCACAGAUGUUGCGUUUCAUGUCAAUUAGCUAGCGAGCUAGCUAGCUGUUAAUCAAGCGUCUGUUUUUCACGUCACUGCAUGGCGAGCUAAUUAGCCAGCUAUGCUUUCUCGCAUUUUCAUCAGAUCUUACUGACUAGUGUUCUUACGCUGGCGUUCUGUCGGAAAACGAACAGUUUGCUUUUAAUCAAACUGGGACAAUCCUUAAUCGUUGCACAGGCGUUGUGGUCAUGGUCCCCGCUGCAUUGCAGCCGUCUUUCGUUGGAGAAAUCUGUCGCGAAUUCCUAUUCUGAAACAUCUUGGUAUAAGACCCCUCAAAAAAGACGCUCGGCUUCUCACUGCUGCUUUGGAAGUCUUGUAGUUAGUGGGGGAAAGGCAGAUCAGUUUCCCAUGCCCGCCAUGCCUGGUCCGGUGGCCAGCAAAGCACGGGUGUAUGUUGAUGUCAACACUUUGAAGAGCAAGGAUUACUGGGAUUAUGAAGCACAUGUGCCUAGUUGGAGUAACCAAGAUGACUAUCAGUUGGUGCGAAAGCUUGGAAGAGGAAAAUACAGUGAAGUGUUUGAAGCCAUCAAUAUUAAUAGCAAUGACAGGGUGGUAGUUAAAAUACUCAAGCCUGUCAAGAAGAAAAAGAUCAAGCGUGAGAUCAAAAUCCUGGAAAAUUUAAGGGGUGGAACCAACAUAAUUCGCCUUGUGGACACAGUGAAGGAUCCUGUGUCUAGAACACCUGCCCUUGUCUUUGAGUGCAUCAAUAACACAGAUUUCAAGGAUCUGUACCAGAGAUUAACAGAUUUUGAUAUUCGUUUCUACUUGUAUGAACUUCUAAGGGCUCUGGAUUACUCUCAUAGCAUGGGGAUCAUGCAUCGGGAUGUAAAGCCACAUAAUGUCAUGAUAGAUCACCAGAUGAGAAAGUUGCGUCUGAUAGAUUGGGGCCUUGCUGAGUUCUAUCAUCCAGCCCAGGAAUAUAAUGUAAGGGUGGCCUCAAGAUCUUACAAGGGACCAGAACUGCUGGUUGACUAUCAGAUGUAUGACUACAGUUUAGAUAUGUGGAGCCUGGGCUGCAUGCUGGCCAGUAUGAUCUUCCAGAAAGAGCCCUUCUUCCAUGGCCAGGACAAUUAUGACCAACUUGUCCGCAUUGCUAAGGUUCUCGGGACCGAAGAACUUUUCAGCUACCUUAAUAAAUAUCACAUCGAAUUGGACACACGCUUCAAAGACCUGCUUGGACAGCAAACGCGGAAGCGUUGGGAGCACUUUGUUCAGCCGGAGAAUCAGCACUUGGUGAGCCCCGAAGCCCUGGACCUCUUGGACAAGCUUCUGCGUUACGACCAUCAACAGAGACUGACUGCCCAGGAGGCUAUGGAGCACCCCUACUUCUAUCCAGUGAUGAACGGACAGUCUCUCUCAAACUCAGAUGGCAGUCUGGCAAUAAGCAGCUCAACCGCAACAUGAUGAUCUAAAAGCUAAAAGGAGAACCUUUUUACCUCAGUGUUUGGCAGAGCCCCUGCGUUUCAGGUGUAAAGCUUCACUAUUGGAGCAAGAAGUCAUUUAGUAUCACAUGUACAGAAGGGACACACAAUGGGCUGGCCAAAUCCCUCUCCUCCCCUCACCUUUCUUCACUUUGUAUUAGUGCUGCUUGUUACAGUUACCCAAAUACCAAAAACUGGUAUUCGUUCUGUCCCCCUUGUCUCCUCUAUAAUGCUGUACAUCUCUCAACAAAAAAUAAGGAAAAAAGAGAAAUAUAAGAUAUUGUGGUUGGGAAAGAAUGCCUGCUCUUUCCUCAUGACUCUCAGGCUCCGUAUGACUGAUGUGGGCUCAGGAUCCAGGUUGCAUUAUGUGCUGGAAGAUUGUGUUGGUCAGUGACUUGCCCUGCUGAAAUGUGCGCAGAUUCUAAAUUAUAGUAUUAUUGGGUAUGGAGGCUUUUCUGCAAUCUAUUGAAAAAUAUCAUAUAUUAAACAAGAGAUGAUAAUUUUUAACCA